CAAAAAAGCCUUGGUCGGAAUCAGAAGAGGAAGAGACGCGGUGCGCAGCGAGCACUCCCGGCGGCGACGGCCCCAUUGAGGACGGACUGGACCUGCUGGACAUGGGCGAGUGGGAGGCCGCCAUACCUCCCCCUCCAGUGCGCUCUCCAUCGGACGCCGCCUGGCUGCUGGAGGCUGGCUGCUGCUGGCUGGAGCGCUACAAGACAGCAGUCGAAGGUCGGUUCAACAAGCAGCUACUGCUGAACAUCGCAGAGCUGAUGCGACACGCGGCGAGGUUCCUGCCGUUCGGCCGCAUCAGGAAGCGGCUGCUGCGAGCUGCCGUCCGGAGGCUUCAGGCGGCGCGCUGCUUGUGCGACGGCAGCGGGGACGCGACCGAGCGGCGCGUGCUCUGCGGGCUGGCCCUGGCGCUGCUGGAGCUGCGGCUGUCGGCGGAGUGCGUGGGCGGCGUGGGGCAGCUGCGGGCGGCGGCCGAGGCGCUGUCCGGCCUGAGCGCGGCGCUGCACGAGCACGGCCGCAGCCAGCUGCUGCUGCAGCUGCACCUCGUCCGCGAGGUGCUGGACGCGCCCUUCGGCUCGUGA